AUGUCGAAGAAUGAAAUGGUCGCAUGGAAUCAGCACCUGCAAACACCUGUGCUGUUUAACCAUCACGAACCUUACGAGGUCAACUCCAGCACAAUCCAGCGGAUUGACCUGAAUCCAAUCCAAUCCACCUCGCGGGCCGUCAGCAAUCGCGAACGAGUUCUCCUUCUGACGCCUCUACGUGACGCCGCCCCCUACCUCAUGAAGUACUUCGAUCUAAUCUACGAGCUGACUUACCCUCACGAUCUCAUCGACCUCGCAUUUCUUGUUGGAGAUUCUACGGAUGAUACCCUUGCUGUUCUUUCAUCUGAAGUGAACAGAAUACAACAGCGCACCGACAAGAUUCCCUUCCGCAGCGUGACGAUAGUCGAGAAGGAUUUUGGUGAGACCACCAGCAUGGAUGUCGAGUCAAGACAUGGCUUUGCUGCGCAAGGUCCCAGGCGUAAGGCCAUGGGAAGAGCAAGGAAUUAUCUACUCUAUGCUGCCCUCAAACCUGAGCACUCUUGGGUGUACUGGCGCGAUGUGGAUAUUGUGGACAGCCCGAAAAAGAUCAUUGAGGACUUCGUCGCUCAUGACAGGGAUGUUUUGGUGCCAAACAUCUGGUUCCACCGCUACGAGAACAAUCGCGAUAUUGAAGGCCGUUUCGAUUACAACUCAUGGAUCGAGUCCGACAAAGGCCGCCGAUUGGCGAACAGCCUAGACAAGAACGUAGUCCUCGCUGAGGGAUACAAGGAAUAUGACACGGGCCGUACGUACAUGGCUAGAAUGGGUGAUUGGCGAAACAACAAGGAUGAAGAGAUCGAGUUGGAUGGCAUUGGUGGUGUUAAUAUUUUGGUCAAAGCCGAUGUACACCGUUCUGGUAUCAACUUCCCAUGCUAUGCAUUCGAGAAUCAAGCCGAGACAGAAGGCUUUGCGAAAAUGGCAAAGAGAGCCGGAUACAAGGUUUACGGUCUUCCCAAUUAUGUCGUCUGGCACAUCGACACGCAAGAGAAACCUGGCAACGCAGGAUAG